AUGGUGUUCUCUCUCUUGGUGACAGAUAUCACGGAAUGGGACAAGGCCUAUCCUGCCUGUGGGGGGAGGGAACAAUCCCCCAUUAAUGUGGACACCUGGGACUCCAAGUUUGACCCAACACUGGGGCCCAUCCAGGUCUCCGGGUACGACGUGUCACCUGAGGAAAGCCUGAAACUGAAGAACAAUGGACACACAGUGGUCUUGCAGCUUCCAGACUCUCUGCAGAUAAAUGGAGGUCUCGCCAACACGUACCGGGCGGCUCAGCUGCACUUCCAUUGGGGCUCACACAGCAGCCCGGGCUCCGAGCACACUGUCAAUGGGCAGAAAUUCCCCGGAGAGAUCCAUGUGGUCCAUUACUCCUCCAAUUUUCAGGGCCUGGAAGAGGCGGUAACCCAGCCUGGAGGCCUGGCGGUCCUGGCAGCCUUCAUUGAGGAAGGACCCGACGAGAACGAAGACUACGAGCAUCUCCUGACCCACCUAGAGAAUGUGAAGGAGGCCGGACAAAGUACGGAGAUUCCUGGAUUUGAUAUCCGAGGAUUAUUACCCCACCAGCUGGACAGGUACUACCGCUACAAUGGUUCUCUUACCACCCCACCAUGUUACCAGACCGUCAACUGGACCAUCUUCAACCAGACUGUCCUCCUGUCUGAGAACCAGCUGGCCAUAUUGGAGGACACCAUCCACCAUGACCAUGAUCAUGUCCUGCAGAUGAAUUUCCGGGAGCCUCAGAGUCUGAAUGGGCGUCUGGUUCUGUCCAGUUUCGAUCUCCGGUGUCAGGACGGAAAGCUUCUGGAGAAGGUAGGGUCACCUCUGGAGCUCACAUGUUGUCUCUCCAUACAGCAACUAUAUAAUACUUCAGGCAGAGGUUAG